GUUUGUUUGCGGACCGCUAUUAUAUCAAAGAAGAAGAAGAAGAAGGAAAAUAAGCACUGCACUGGCGUUAUUUAUUGAAAGUAAAUACCUAGCUAAUUCUCUCACCUCGCAAUAUUAACAUUUGUCAUUUUGUAAUCCAAGUUGUAAAAACAUGACGGAGCCUCAGGCAGCACUGUUACUCAGGAGACAGCUGGCAGGUAAUUUAUAAACUGGUGGCUAACGUCAGCUAACGUUCUUUUUUAUUUGUCCGGUUGCUGUGCUAGCUAACGUUAGCUAAUCCAUCUAAUUUGGCCCACUUGCGGCAUAUCGUUUAAUCUUUGUUUCGGCUUUUACUUUAUCUAGCUAGCUACUACCGUGUGUGCUGUGAAAUGUCACAUCUUGGCUUACUUCAUUUUGAUAGUUGAAUAUAGCUAGUAAAAUCAAAUUUGUGGUUGUUAUUUUUUAAUUUGUUAUUGUGGACGCGAAAUGGUUCAAGUUUAGCUAGCGAACUAGAUAGCAAGCUAAAUGUAACGUUUAAUAUACUACCCCUUUGUUUUGAACGUAAUGUCGAUUGUUGGCUAACGUUAGCAGACACACGUCAACUGUCAGCUAGUCAUUAUUGGACAACUGUCAGCUUGAUUUUAAAUUAAGCCAGGGCCGUGCAGGAGUUUAACUGAACCACCCAUUAACAAAAAGUGUUCAUUCUGUUAAGUAUUUGACUACGAUUCUUAUUUUUUAACUCCAUGCAGAACAAAUUGUCUCUUGACUGUAGGGCAGCAUAAUGUCUGGUCAACUAGGCAUGGCAUCAUACCUGCACACCACAGAUAUAUUUCCUUGAUUGGUGGCAAUGAGUAACGUUAGCUCGAUAGCUACCUCAAAUAACCGAGGUGCCUGGUGUACAUUCAGAAAUGUACCUAGCUAGCCUAAUAUGGCUGUGUCUGUCAAACUUCUAUUAGCCAUUCAGAGUGAUAGAUACACUCAUGUCAUAUUGUUAAUUUUUUUCAUGUUGAAGGGGAUAUGGAAGUCAAUUGUGUACAAUAGCCCAUGAUUUCACCAUGAUCUCUCUUAUUUCCUUUUUUCAUACACAUAUAAAAGUUAGACAUGCAUAAACAAAGGUACUGCUGCUCCAAGCCAAGUAAAAUUCAACUCCACGAUGUCCUUCACAUCAACGGAGUUGAGCGGAGACGAGUGUGUGGACUGUAUCUCCGACUUCAUCGAGUCGCCGAAGGUCGAUACUUAAACUGUGUACAUAUGUUUGUCCUCUGUAGCUGUGUGCCUUUUUUUGUUUGCUGAAAUCCAGACUUUUUUUUAUUAAACGUUAAUCAAAUACAACCACCGUUUGUGUCCUCGUAUCGACUGACAGCGACGCGAUGUAGUAUGAGGUACACUCCGCUCACUCUCGUCUCCAUUCAACUAACGUUGAUGUGAAGUAUAUCUUAGCGUUUUACUUGGCUAUGCUGCACCUUGCCAAGUGUUUUCAGCUGAGGGAGAACAGCUCGGUCUAAAGCCCUAUGUGGCUGUGUUCCAGAGGCCUUCCCUGGCUCUAAACAUGAUCGUCAGGGUUGCUGUUCAAAGGGGAUGUACAACUCAAUGAAGUGUAUAUAUAUAUAUAUAUAAAUAUAAAUAACAAACCCUGGAUUGCUGAUGCUAUGUAUUGGCCAUUGAUGGGCUUUGAAGCCACCAGUCAGCCAUAUUGGCACUCCCCAGUAGUAGUUCCUCCGAAGGAAUUAAUGGAAUUCUACAGUAUUUCAAUUAAGUGUUUCAUUGACAAAAUUGCAUGUAUUUUCUGUUGUAGUGGGGACAGUAACAUUAAUACUCUCUAAAAAAAAAUACUUAAAAACCUUUUUAUUUAAUGUAUUUCUUUUAUUUGUAUGUUUAGCUCACAUAAUAUCAAUUUUAAAGUAUGCAUUAAGGUAAGGUGUGUGUGUAAAAGUGGAACAAACAAAUGCAGACAUUAAUAAAUGCAUUUCUAUAGCUUCCAAAAUAUAUAUUUUUUUUUUUACAAUUGAGGAAUGUCAAGAUGGUUGCCUGGUGGUUUCAAUACAGUGCCCCCUGUCAGACCAGGGUUAAUACAUGUCAUUGGCGCUACAUCAGUUUCCCUUUGACUCCUCACUCACCCUCCUCAACAGCAGUAUUAUAGGCACUCACCCCCAUUAACAACAGUAGUAGUAAUAGUCACUCACCCCCAUUAACAGCAGUAGUAGUAAAAGUCACUCACCCGCAGUAGUAGUGGUCACUGAUCCCCAUUAAGGUGGAGUUGUGCAAGCCCUGAUCAACUUACAGUGUUUAUGACAGCACUAUGAAUAUAUGUUUCUUUUAGACUGCUUGACUACUUACUUACACAAUAAGAGGUACGUUAUUGGGACCAUUGAACAUGCCCUCUUUAGGUUGACUUCACUGUUGAGGUGGUUUGUAUCGAGAGGAAAUGAAAUGGUUGGAAUCUACAUACCAAGUUGAUUCUUUUAGGACCAGUGCCCAGGGUGUGACAGAUGGGUGCGGUUGUUUGACUGUGCUGGUGUUUCAGCACAGCAGGAGACUGGCUGCCACAGCACAUCUAAACCACAGUGAACUUCUGAGUUCAGUUUAAACUGCUACUUAAGGAAGCUGUUUAUUUGGUAUAAUAGGCACUUUAUAGGGAUAUCACUUUUUUUUAGGGAUAUUAAUGAUUUUAUGGAUCAAAAGCUUUAUGUUCACAGAGAGGCACAUUUUCAGUCUGAGAAGGCUGAAUCCAUCAUUCCCACGUACUGAUUAGCGAGAUGGACGUCUCACUGUGUUGACUGGAUAGAGUUCAAGAGUCACACAUCACCGUAGAACCACUACUAUUUUUUGUGUGUGUAUUUCGGAUGAAAAACCAUGAUGUAUAAAUGUUUUCUCUUGAUUUCCUAGAGCUGAAUAAGAACCCAGUGGAGGGAUUCUCAGCAGGUUUGAUAGAUGAUAACGAUCUCUACAGAUGGGAAGUCUUAAUCAUCGGCCCACCAGACACAUGCUAGUAAGUCUGCCAGCCCAGUUCCACUCUGAUUUUGCUGUGUGGGUGGGUUGAUGAGUCUGCUGGGGAGUAUUUGGAUGUGGGGAUGUAUUUUAGUGGUGCGCGGUUCAGCUGUUUGUUUCGACCGCCCGCAAUUGCUAAUAACCCAUCUGUUUUCUCUGCUUCGUUCUCGAAGCAAAGACGUUUACGGACCAGGGAGAAAAUGCAGUAGGCCUAACUCCAAAAAAAAAAAAAAAAGAAGGAAAUACAAAGCUGUGAAAACGACCCAACAUGUUUCUGAUCAGAUUUUAGUUCGGCUUGGAUGCAUACUUUAUGUGGUUGAAAUACUAUCAGCUUUUACGAUGCUGAUAAAGACUGUAUCUAACUGUGCAUUCGCAUUCUCUCAAGAUGCUGAAAGAAAUGAUUUCUCCACUCCUGUUCCUGAGUCAAAAUGUUGCAUUCAUUUAGUGGAUAAUUUUACUGCAAGAAAUGCUCAAUUCUGCAGGAGUUACAGUGCAUUCGGAAAGUAUUCAGACCCCUUGACUUCUUCUACUUUAUUACGUUACAGCCUUAUUCUAAGAAAUUGAUUAAAUUGUUCGUUUUUUCUCAAUCUACACACAAUACCCCAUAAUGACAAAGCAAAAACAGUUUUUUAAAUGUAUUUUAGCAAAUGUAUUAAAAAUUAAAAAAUUCACAUUUACACAAGUAUUCAGACCCUUUACUCAGUACUUUGAUGAAGCACCUUUGGCAGCGAUUACAGCCUUGAGUCUUCUUGGGUAUGACGCUACAAGCUUGGCACACCUGUAUUUGGGGAGUUUCUCACAUUCUUCUCUGCCUAUCUUCUCAAGCCCUGUCAGGUUGGAUGGGGAGCGUUGCUGCACAGCUGUUUUCAGGUAUUUUCAGAGAUGUUCAAAUCGGGUUCAAGUCCGGGCUCUGGCUGGGCCACUCAAGGACAUUCAGAGACUUGUCCCGAAGCCACUCCUGCGUUGUCUUGGCUGUGUGCUUAGGGAAGUUAUCCUGUUGGAAGGUGAACCUUCGCCCCAGUCUGAGGUCCUGAGCGCUCUGGAGCAGGUUGUCAUCAAGGAUCUCUCUGUACUUUGCUCUGUUAAUCUUUCCCUCGUUCCUGACUAGUCUCCCAGUCCCUGCCGCUGAAAAACAUCCCCACAGCAUGAUGCUGCCACCACCAUGCUUCACUGUAGGGAUAGUGCCCGGUUUCCUCCAGACGUGACGCUUGGCAUUCAGGCCAAAGAGUUCAAUCUUGGUUUCAUCAGACCAGAGAAUCUUGUUUCUCAUGGUCUGAGAGUCCUUUAGGUGCCUUUUGGCAAACUCCAAGCCGGCUGUCAUGUGCCUUUUACUGAGGAGUGGCUUCCGUCUGGCCACUCUACCAUAAAGGUCUGAUUGGUGGAGUGCUGCAGAGAUGGUUGUCCUUCUGGAAGGUUCUCCCAUUUCCACAGAGGAACUCUGGAGCUCUGUCAGAGUGACCAUCAGGUUCUUGGUCACCUCCCUGACCAAGGCCCUUCUCCCCCGAUUGCUUAGUUUGGCCGGGUGGCCAGCUCUAGGAAAAGUCUUGGUGGUUCCAAACGUCUUCCAUUUAAGAAUGAUGGAGGCCACUGUGAUCUUGGGGACCUUCAAUGCUGCAGAAAUGUUUUGGUACCCUUCCCCAGAUCUGUGUCUUGACACAAUCCUGUCUCCGAGCUCUACGGACAAGUCCUUUGACCUCAUGGCUUGGUUUUGCUCUGACAUGCACUGUCAACUGUGGGACCUUAUAUAGACAGGUGUGUGCCUUUUCAAAUCAUGUCCAAUCAAUUGAAUUUACCACAGGUGUACUCCAAGUUGUUAGAAACAUCUCAAGGAUGAUCAUUGGAAACAGGAUGCACCUGAGCUCAAUUUCAAGUCUCAUAGCAAAGGGUCUGAAUACUUAUGUAAAUAAGGUUGUUUAAAAAAAAAAAAACCAUUUUCAAACAUUUCUAAAAACCUGUUUUCGCUUUGUCAUUAUGGGGUAUUGAGGGGGUAAAAAUAAUUGUAUCCAUUUUAGAAUAAGGCUGUAACAUAACAAUGUGGAAAAAGGGAAGGGGUCUGAAUUCUUUCUGAAUGCACUGUAAUAUUAAGGCUAUGUGAGAGGUUAUAGACCUACAGUCGGUGUCCAGAUUUCAGUUUCCGUUUAACCCAUCUGAACAGUAGGCUACAGUUCCCUUGACGUGCCAUAGGCCUGUUUGAAGUCCCCGUCUUGUGACUGUCGAAUUUGUAUAACGCCUCACAAUCAUCACACAUAACAUGCUAUCAUCCUCUUUUACCACUUCACCAGAUCUUUCCAAACAUUACUUUUCUGGCCCUCCUUUCUCUUUAUGUUCAACUCUCCAUCUCGCAGCUUUUCUCUUAUUGAAUUAAACUCAGACAUUGUCCUUUUUGCCUCUGUGGAUCAACGUUAACUUUUUCUGCCCGUUCCCAAAUGCAUUUGGUGAUUGGCGUGUAGGCUAUUUGGCAUGUGUACAGUUAGGCCCUUAAGCUCAGGCUUACACACUAAUGCCAGAGCCUAAAAUAAGGAAAGAAAAAAAUCUCAAUGUAGCCUAUAGAUGUACUGUCAAUUGCACAAGAAGAUACAUUUUUUUAUUUAUUUUUUAAAGGCGUUUUGUCUUUAUUCAACCUUUUUUGCCACCCACUCGCCCUUCAUCCACACAAUAUUGAAUGACCCAAACCCGCCCGCCCCGCGGAUAUAACCGUGGGGACUGUGGCUUAUGAGUCAACCCGUGCACCACUAAUGUAUUUGCUAUUUGUCAUGUACAACAGUUGUCUGUUUGUGUCAAGAUUUCUGGAUCUUUUCAACCCUAUUUCAACCCCUGCUAUUUGACCAUAACGACAGACAUUUCUCUUUGCCUUCCUGUUCACAGUGAAGGUGGUGUGUUCAAAGCACAUCUCACAUUUCCCAAAGACUACCCUCUCAGGCCACCUAAAAUGACAUUUAUCACAGAUAUAUGGCACCCUAAUGGUAAGUAUGAGUGUACAGUUGAAGUCGGAAGUUUACAUGGAGUCAUUAAAACUUGUUUUUCAACCACUCCACAAAUGUCUUGUUAACAAACUAUAGUUUUGGCAAGUCGGUUAGGACAUCUACUUUGUGCAUGACACAAGUAAUUAUUCCAACAAUUGUUUACAGACAGAUUAUUUCACUUAUAAUUCACUGUAUCACAAUUCCAGUGGGGCAGAAGUUUACAUACACUAAAUUGACUGCCUUUAAACAGCUUGGUAAAUUCCAGAAAAUGAUGUUAUGGCUUUAGAAGCUUCUGAUAGGCUAAUUGACAUAAUUUGAGUCAAUUGGAGGUGUACAUGUGGAUGUAUUUCAAGGCCUACCUUCAGACUCAGUGCCUCUUUGCUUGACAUCAUGGGAAAAUCAAAAGAAAUCAGCCAAGACCUCAGAAAAUAAAUUGUAGACCUCCACAAGUCUGGUUCAUCCUUGGGAGCAAUUUCCAAAUGCCUGAAGGUACCACGUUCAUCUGUGCAAACAAUAGUACACAAGUAUAAACACCAUGGGGACCACGCAGCCGUCUAUUCCGCCUAGGAAGGAGACGCGUUUGUUCUCUAGCAGAUGAACGUACUUUGGUGCGGAAAAGUGCCAAAUCAAUCCAGAACAACCACCAAAGGAACUUGUGAAGAUUGCUGGGGGAAACGGGUCCAAAAGUAUUACCGUAUGGUCCGAAGAUACGACGGACCUUUUUCCCCUCGAAUAGGCCAAAAAAGUCGGGUCGUCUUAUAUUCGGGGUCUAGUAUUCAGAGCGAGUUUCUUCUCUUCGGCGAUCCCUGUAAAUGUCAAUACACAUUCGCGGGCACAGAUGGCGCCAAAAAUUCGUUCCGGACGAGGGAAGAGGGUCCUUAACAAACCAGCCCGUACCGGUGUUUAAAGAUGGAAAAGACAGGCUGACCAUUUAGAGACAAGUGGCUCAAAAGUGGGCCAGGUCAAUAAACACCAGCGGAGGAGCUAUGAUGCCAAUUUCAAAAUAAUGGUUGUCAAUAAGGCAGAGUCAUCUAACAACUGCCAAGCUGCCAAGACAUUCGGGGUCACUGAGUGUAAUGUAAGAAGAUGGCGAGCAGAAAAACAACGUCUAAAAGAUGCUAACAGUCAGCGAAAAUCCUUCCGUGGUCCUCAAAGUGGUCGUUUCAUUGAGGUUGACCGGAGGGUUUUUGAAUAUGUCAGGGAAAAAAGAAGUGAGGGAAUGCCCAUUACCAGAGCUGUCAUCCAGGUUAAGGCCCUGGAAAUCGCCAGAGAGCUCAACAUCACUGGAUUUAAAGCCAGCCUCGGCUGGUGUCGUAGGAUGAUGCGGCGUAAUGGACUGUCACUUAGACGGAGAACGAGUUUGGCCCAACGCCUGCCGUCAGACUUCGGAGAGAAGUCUACUGUGUGAAUGGAUCCUGCAUGCAUGGGAUGCUAUUCCCUCACAGAGCAUCAUCGAUGGCUUUAAAAAAUGUUGCAUCUCAAAUGCAUUGGACGGCAGCGAGGACGACGUUGCUUUGGGAGGAGCCGGUGGAAGCGGAGCAGCUGGGGAGCGAUGACAGCGAGAGCGAACACAGCGGGGCAGAGGGACGUGUGUGAGGGAUAGAGAGACAUCGGAGGAGAAGUUUGGCGAAUUUUUUGUUAAGUUUAGUUAAAUGGUGGCCUGUAUUUUCUCUGUUAUUUAAAAAUGUUGCUUUAUUAUUGGCUUGAUAUUAAUUUUGAAUCAUACUGUACAUAGUUUUGCCUUUGUGUUUAAUUCACUGUGUUUUAAUAUUGUUAUUUUAAAAUAAAAUGAAGUUCUUUGUUCGGCAAAUCUAGUCUGCAAAUCUGUUUUUCUAAAUGUUUGUGUUGAAAAACGGGGGGGUCGUCUUAUAAUCAGGGUCGUCUUAUAUUCGGACCAAUACGGUAUAUCCACAGUAAAACGAGUCCUAUAUCGACAUAACCUGAAAGGCCGCUCAGCAAGGAAGAAACCACUGCUCCAAAACCGCCAUAAAAAAGCCAGACUACGGUUUGCAACUGCACAUGGGGACAAAGAUUAUAUGUCCUCUGGUCUGAUGAAACAAAAAUAUAACUGUUUGGCCAUAAUGAGCAUCGUUAUGUUUUGGAGGAAAAAGGGGGUAAUUGCAAGCCGAAGAACACCAUCCCAACCGUGAAGCACGGGGGUGGCAGCAUCAUGCUCUGGGGGUGCUUUGCUGCAGGAGGGACUGGUGCACUUCACAAAGUAGAUGGCAUCAUGAGGAAGGAAAAUUAUGUGGAUAUAUUAAAGCAACAUCUCAAGACAUUAGUCAGGAAGUUAAAGCUUGGUCGCAAAUGGGUCUUCCAAAUGGACAAUGAACCCAAGCAUACUUCCAAAGUUAUGGCAAAUUGGCUUAAGGACAACAAAGUCAAGGUAUUGGAGUGGCCAUCACAAUGCCCUGACCUCAAUCCUAUAGAAAAUGUGUGGGUAGAACUGAAAAAAAUGUGUGCGAGCAAGGAGGCCUACAAACCCGACUCAGUUACACCAGCUCUGUCAGGAGCAAUGGGCCAAAAUUCACCCAAUUUAUUGUGGGAAGCUUGUGGAAGGCUACCCGAAACGUUUGACCCAAGUUAAACAAUUUAAAGGCAAUGCUACCAAAUACUAAUUGAGUGUAUGUAAACUUCUGACCCACUGGGAAUGUGAUGAAAUAAAUAAAAGCUGAAAUAAAUCAUUCUCUCUACUAUUAUUCUGACAUUUCACAUUCUUAAAAUAAAGUGGUGAUCCUAACUGACCUAAGACAGGGAAUUUUUACUAGGAUUAAAUGUCAGGAAUUGUGAAAAACUGAGUUUAAAUGUAUUUGGCUAAGGUGUAUGUAAACUUCCGACUUCAACUGUAUGUUUUCUCUUGAAAGUGUUAGUACUUUUUUGUAUUUUUUACUGUUUGGGAAAUGUGAGCUAUCCCUCCAGAGGAUCAGUCCUGUUUCUCAGUAAAGUAAUGAUGUUUUUGGAACGCACCAAAAUCCUUGUUUACACACACAAAUAAAUAUAAUUGUUCUAUUGAAACCUUUUGAUGUAAUACGUCUAAUUUCAUGUCUCUUGUCCUGUUUACAGUUGACAAGAACGGCGACGUAUGUAUAUCUAUUUUGCACGAGCCUGGUGAGGAUAAGUACGGCUAUGAGAAGCCUGAGGAGCGCUGGCUGCCCAUCCACACAGUGGAAACCAUUAUGAUUAGUGUUAUCUCCAUGUUGGCGGACCCUAACGGAGACUCGCCUGCCAAUGUAGACGCUGCAGUGAGUCUCAUUUUCACCUGAGGGGCCAAAUCAAUGGUUUAUGCUCACACUGAUUAGUUCUUUAUAAAUAGACAAUCUGUGGAUUGUUGUUUGGGACAAAAGGAGUUAAUGGUAAUUUCUAUUAUGUCCUGAAGUGCACUGAAUUCUGAAUGUAUUCCGAUUGUUCCAGGUUCUCAAACAUCAAAUUUGCCUUUGUCGAGAGCAGAACUCUGUCAUCUUUGAACUAAAAUGUUUUUGCACCUUUGUUCCCCCUUCAGAAAGAGUGGAGGGAAGACCGACAUGGGGAAUUCAAAAGGAAAGUGGCCCGUUGUGUAAGAAAGAGCCAAGAGACUGCCUUUGAGUGA